UUUAGCCACUGGGUGUACUCGGGAAUAAGAUACUUUUAUACCCGUAUAAACAGACCAUGUGACAAUAACAAGAGUGGUGAUUAUCGGACAUAAUAUUAGAGCAACACCAAUAGUUGGCUAUCCAUCUUAUAGAUUGAGAGAAAAUACUUCCAUCAGUGGAAGGAGGGUUUUUCAAUUCCGAUGGAUGGUUAAAAGUUAAAAAGGGAUCAAGCAGCCAAAGAAGCAAAGUCACAGUCAAAUCACAGCAUUCCUGACCAAUUUGGAAGGUUAUUGGAAAGUAUCGACUACUUUGUCUUGGUUUGACAUUCAUGGUUUUGCACUAUAUCAGACUUCAGAGCCAAACAUGCCCUUAAAACACCCUUUAACAAUUCAAGGCACCAACUUUCCAUUCUCAUCUUUGUGAUCGACUGUCAGAAGUUAAACCACAUAUUGAUCUUAGCCUCUUAUCUCUUCUGUUUUGUGUUUCUCAAAUUUCUGAAUCUUGCUUUCAACAUUGGGAUUGGAGACAAUCAGACUGCACUUUCUGUAUAACUCUGGAGUUUUGCUUCCGGAAGAAGUCAUUAUGAACCUCCACAUUCUAGGAACACAUAUAUCUACUACAGUUAUAGCAAUUGUUGCUACAACAGUUAUUGUAGUACUGAUAAUCUUCAUUUUCCUGUGUGUUAUGUGCUGUCGGCGAAAAGAUGGAGACAGGAGGAAGAGAACGACUAACAGUAUCUCUGCAGAAAAUCCUCCUGGACCUAUAAGAGGUAACCAGCAUGUUGAACAACGGCAGCAGCAGAACAAUCAACCUAGAAGGGCUGAACAUCAUGUUGAUCUUUAUACUCCUCCCCCUACAGCUGCAUCGCCAUUGCAGCAGAAGCAGCCACCAAGUCGUCCUCCAACACAUCUGCCUUCACAAUCUUCAUUGGAAAGUACCGGAAGCAACCCAUUGCCUCCACAACCAUCUAGGCGUUCUCCAAGUCAGUUACCAUCAGCUGAUCUGAGCUCAGAGAAAUCCUAUCUAUCAGUUAAUGAAAGCUUAAUCCCACCUCCAUCUCCAGCUUUAUCAUAUGCCUCUUCGCAGACUAUGUUUACUUACAAUGAACUUGCAAUUGCAACACAUGGCUUCUCGCAAGCUAAUCUUCUUGGAGAAGGUGGAUUUGGGUUUGUUCACAAAGGAGUUCUUCCGAAUGGGAAAGUAAUUGCAGUUAAGUCUUUAAGACGUAAUAGUGGCCAAGGAGAGCGCGAAUUUGAGGCAGAAGUUGAAAUUAUUAGCCGAGUUCAUCAUAGGCAUCUUGUUUCCUUGGUUGGGUACUGCAUCAUUGGUCCCCAAAGAUUGCUUGUCUAUGAAUUUGUAACUAAUAAGACUUUAGAAUUCCAUCUCCAUGGUAAGGGGCAGCCUACAAUGGAUUGGGCCACGAGAAUGAAAGUAGCUCUCGGGACUGCAAAAGGAUUAGCAUAUCUGCAUGAGGACUGUCAACCGAGAAUAAUCCAUCGUGAUAUUAAAGCUGCUAAUAUACUCUUAGACAACAGUUAUCAAGCAAAGGUUGCAGAUUUCGGACUUGCAAAGCUUACAUCUGAAGAAGAUACACAUGUAACCACACGAGUUAUGGGAACCUUGGGAUACUUGGCUCCAGAGUAUGCUUCAUCUGGGAGACUGACAGAAAAGUCUGAUGUUUAUUCCUUCGGUGUCAUGCUUCUGGAGAUGAUAACUGGACGUAGACCAAUUGACAGAACAAAAAAGGAUUAUAAUGUAGUAGAAUGGGCGAGACCUUUACUCGUAACUGCCAUGAAGGAUGAGAACUUCAAUCACCUUGUUGAUCCACGCUUGCAAUUCAGUUACAAGCAUAGUGAGAUGGCUCGUAUGGUGAAUUGUGCUGCUACAUGUGUUCGUAAGUCAUCACGUCAUAGACCACUUAUGAGUCAGAUAGUUCGAGCUCUUGAAGGGAACAUGUCCCUAUCUGAUUUAAACGAAGGAUUAACACCUGGACAAAGCAUAGUCCAAAGAUAUGAUGCAGCUUCAGAAAAGAGUGGCAGUGAAUACAAGAGUAGAGGUUCAAGAGGAUAUAAAAGUAAUGACUCAACAGGAUUUGACAGUAUAAACACAACCAGAGAACAUGUUAGCAGUGAGUAUGAUGGAACGACUAGUGAGUAUGGAUUGUACGCGUCUGAUUCAAGUAGCGAAGGGGAAAGUCAGACUGUUCGAGAGUUGGAUACUGAAGAAGUCAAGAGAGAUAGGAAACGUUUUGAGAAACGCGUUGUUUGACACUCCUCGACCUGAUUCCUGUUAGUAAAUCAACUGCAGGGGAUGAUUCAAUCAAGUAACAUGAUAUAUAUUUCUCAAAUAUUCCCAUUUUCGAAGAAAUGCUACAUACGUUUAGGGUGUUGCCUAUUGGGGGGAGACCAUCGAGUUACUAGAUUGAGAGCGAUGAAGAUUUUUUUUGACCAUUUCUUAUUCUUUGAUUGUACAAAAAGAAAGAAUAGUUUACCCAAGUGUAACUAUAUUUGUUUUUAGAGAAAUUUUCUGUAGGAAUUUGUUGUUUUUUCUUUUUCUUUUCCCAUUGUGGACUUUUGGAUUAGUAAGAUGAAUAUUCCGAGUAAUUAUUUGUGUUUUUGUUAUAAACAAAUACAAUACUUGGUACAAGUAUAAAUUAUGAGU